AUGGUUUCUCAUACACCUAUUGUUGUCAAUGAAGCCACAGCUGAUAUUGCCGCCCUUCUGAUUCUCAUGUGCUGUCGUAAUGCACUCGCUGCCAGCGAUAAUCUCCGUCGUGGUUACUGGCAUCAUGGUGUACGUAUGGGUAUAGACCCUGAAGGGAAAACGUUAGGUAUCAUUGGGGCAGGUGGUAUUGGUUGCACACUCGCGAAACGCAUGGCUGCCUUUGAUAUGAAGAUUCAAUAUCAUAAUCGCCAUCGUUUACCUAUUGAAAAGGAAAAGGAGUUGAAUUUAACCUAUGUGGAUCAAUUAGAGACACUCUUGAGGACCUCAGAUAUCAUCUCAGUCCAUUGUCCACAUGAUCCUGCCACUACCACUCAUUUAUUGAGUUAUCAUGAAUUUGGAUUGAUGAAGGAAGGAGCGAUUGUGAUCAAUACAGCACGUGGAAAGGUGAUUCAUGAGGCUGCCUUGGUCAUGGCCCUUGAACGUGGUCAGGUCCUGGCUGCUGGUUUAGACGUCUUUGAAGAUGAACCUCAGAUCUCUCCUGGUCUCUUGGCUCAUCCUCGUUGUGUUCUCUUACCCCAUAUAGGUACCUACACAAAUGAAACUCAAUACAAGAUGGAAAAAUUGGUUUUAGAUAAUUUAAUAGCAGCUUUAGAAAACAAUACAUUGAUCACACCUGUUCCUGAACAUAAACCCUUUUUUUCUUCCUCCUCCUCCUCCUCCUCCUCCUCUCCAAAAUAA